AUGGUCCUCGAGCGUGCUGUUUCCGUUUAUGAUGGUAGUUUAUCACAGCGAUUCCGUAUAACAGGGGCACCUUACGCGAACCAAUACUUCACGCUGAGCACGGAGAAGCUCGAAUCACUUCGACCGUGCUUCUUUCCACUGAUAAGACAACGUUGGCCAGAUGUGGUUUUGCAGGAUAAUGCGGAAGACUGUACUCCUGGGCGUUAUGUCUACGUUCGUUACAUCAAGGAUGCCAAGGCGCACAGUGUCGUUAUAGGCACGAUAUACAAGGAUAUGAAACUACGUCCAACACCUCUAGAGGAGUAUUCUGAGCAAGUUAAGCUAAAGCAAAAGUUGACAGCUAAGUAUACUUCGGAGGAUGACACUCUGUUCAUCGAAGAUGAUAGUAUCCGAGUGGCGCUGCGCGGCUCACUUAUGGACCCGCAUAAACUUGUUACGGGCUUGGUGGUUGCCGUGAAGGGGAUCAUCAACGAACAAGGGGAGUUCGAAUGCGAGGACUACAUGCAUCCCGGACCGCCACCGUCUAUAACCUUACCGCCAGCAACAGAUGUUAAGUAUAUCGCUCUAGUGUCUGGUUUGGAUAUAGCUGGUGGCAGCAGCAGCCGCAACUCGUUGCUGCUGCUGAAGGAUUUUGUACUCGGCAAUACCCCUGCUGGAGAUCUGAGCAGUAAGGUGGUUCGUCUGGUAAUAGCUGGCAAUGGUAUUGGGAAAUGUGACGUUCCAGCACUUGCGGAGUGUGAUGUCUACUUUUCACAACUCGCAGCGACAGUUGCUGUCGACCUAAUGCCAGGUGACGCCGACCCCUCAAAUCGCAACUUACCACAACAACCUAUUCACCCAUCUUUUCUGGAACACAGUAAGCGAUAUGGGACCUUCCAAUCUACCACGAACCCAUAUUUCUUUUCUGUUGAUGGUGUUCGUUUUUUGGGUACUUCAGGUCAGGCAGUCAAAGGCAUUUGCGAUUACAGCACUUUAUCUGAACUAGAUGCACUGAAACUGACUGUGUCAGCACGCUGUAUAGCUCCUACAGCACCCGAUACUCUGGGAUGUCAUCCAGAGGCUAGAGGGUUCAACCUAACUGAAGACACGGAGUUCCCGCAUGUACUAUUCAGUGGGAACGCUCAUGAGUUUGCUUAUGCAAGGAUUACGGCCUCUGGGCCUGCGCCAUGUGUCAUUUGCGUGCCAUCGUUCAGCGAACAGCCUUCUAUAGUACUGGUUUCACUGUCUACACUCGAGACACGCCUUAUAAGACUAGAAUAG